GUUUAGUGGUAAGCAUAAAUUAAUAGAGCAAGUUUAGUGACCAACAAUAAUUUUCACCCGUUUCGUAGUUGAAACAAAAUAAAGGGACCUGAUGGAUAUAUAACUUCAAUACAAACCACCUAAAAUAUAUACGUCACUACGUCUUGUCUUUUGAUCAGUGUUCUACUCCACUUUCAUCUCUCGUUUACACCGCCGUUUUCUCCCCUCCUUCCCCUUGCUUUGCCAUCGCCGAAUCCGUCUCCCAUGGCUCCUUCCUUCGUAAUCAACGGCGGUGACCUCACCGCCGCCAGCACCAAGUCCUCCACUGGCGGCCGCGCAUCCUCCGUUUACAGCGAGGUCCAGACCAGCCGAAUUGACUACGCACUCCCUCUCCCCUCUGUCCUUACUAGUCCAUUCAAGAUCGUUGAUGGCCCCGCUAGUUCCGCCGCCGGAAACCCUGAUGGGAUCGCCAAUCUGUUCCCAAAUCUGUUUGGCCAGCCUUCUACAAUACUGGUGCCAACCGACGGCGAGCAUGCUCUCGAUUCCGGUCGCAAACUGAAAAUCGGCGUGGUCUUGUCUGGUGGCCAGGCGCCUGGAGGGCACAAUGUCAUAUCCGGGAUCUUUGAUUACUUGCAGGCUCAUGCCAAGGGGAGUACGGUUUAUGGAUUUCGCGGGGGUCCUGCCGAUAUCAUGAAGUGCAAAUAUGUAGAACUAACUCCUGAUUACAUUCGCCCUUACAGAAACCAGGGUGGUUUUGAUAUGAUCUGCAGUGGUAGGGACAAGAUCGAGACACCUGAGCAGUUUAAGCAAGCUGAAGAAACUGCAGUGAAGCUCGAUUUGGAUGGGCUUGUUGUUAUUGGUGGUGAUGAUUCCAACACCAAUGGUUGCCUGCUUGCUGAAAACUUCAGGAGCAAGAAUUUGAAGGCACGGGUAAUUGGCUGCCCGAAGACAAUUGAUGGUGAUCUGAAAUGCAAAGAGGUCCCUACAAGUUUUGGAUUUGACACCGACUGCAAGAUAUAUGCUGAAAUGAUUGGCAAUGUCAUGAUUGAUGCCCGAUCAACUGGGAAAUAUUAUCACUUUGUACGGCUUAUGGGUCGUGCUGCCUCCCACAUUACCUUGGAAUGUGCUUUGCAAACUCACCCCAACAUUACAAUCAUUGGGGAAGAGGUUGCUGCAAAAAAAUUGACACUUAAAAAUGUUACCGAUUACAUGGUUGAUGUGAUCUCCAAACGCGCCAAACUUGGUUAUAACUACGGUGUUAUCCUUAUUCCGGAGGGCUUGAUUGAUUUCAUCCAUGAGGUCCAGCAGCUCAUUGCAGAACUGAAUGAAAUUCUGGCCCAUGAAGUUGUGGACGAAGCUGGGCUCUGGAAGAAGAAGCUUGCGGAGCAGUCUCUUCAGCUUUUUGACUUUUUACCUCAAGCAAUUCAGGAGCAAUUGAUGCUUGAGAGAGAUCCACAUGGGAAUGUUCAGGUUGCUAAAAUAGAGACAGAGAAAAUGCUCAUUCAGAUGGUUGAAACUGAGUUGGAAAAAAGAAAGCUAGAAGGUUCAUACAAAGGCCAAUUCAAAGGACAGUCCCACUUCUUUGGGUAUGAAGGAAGAUGUGGUUUGCCAACUAAUUUUGAUUCUAUGUACUGUUAUGCAUUGGGCUAUGCUGCUGCUGUUCUUCUCCACAGUGGGAAGACUGGGUUGAUUUCAUCAGUUGGAAAUCUAGGUGCCCCUGUUUCAGAAUGGACGGUUGGUGGGACUGCAUUGACUUCCUUGAUGGAUGUGGAGAGAAGACAUGGUAAAAACAAGCCCGUUAUCAAGAAGGCGAUGGUAGAGCUCGAUGGUGCACCUUUCAAAAAGUUUGCUUCAAUGCGGGACGAGUGGGCACUGAAGAACAGAUACAUCAGUCCUGAGAGAUUAGGCCAUUAGGGUUUUACCCACUCAGAAGAAGAAACAGAGUGUGAAGCGAAGAGAAGAGGGACAGAAGAGAAAAUCAUGAAUGGCGGAGGAGACGCCCAAAACGGGCCAGCAAAGCAGCUGACGGCGGAAUCACUGCCCGUGUUCAACGAAGGCGUAUACUUGAUUCUAUCCCGGUGGUCGGCUCUUCAGCUCGCAAUCGAAGAAGAAUGGGCCGGCCGCCGCUCCCGCCAGUUGGCCGAUCAACUCGCUUCCGAUAUCGUCUCCUGGUUCACCCAACCCAAAGCCGAGCCGCUUUACAUUGAUGAUUUAGAGGACGUUCUCGACGAAGGGAUGCUUUCUCUCAAUUGCGAGAUUGAGGAUGGUAGCGUAGAGGAGGUGGCAGAGAAGUUGAUGAUUUUGCAUGAGGAAUGUUUGGAAGCUGAUUAUAGCUCUGUUGAGAAGUUGAGAAGAGCAGGGCCUGCAGCAGGAACUCAUCAACAUAUCAGACAGGCUGCUAAUGAUAAUGACGAUGACUCGUCGGAGGAUGAAAGUGACGAAGAAGGUGAUAUGAUGCCUGGAAGUAGGUCAAAUAUGGCAGUGGAUUCGCCAGUUCCUCAGCCUAGGGUGAGCGUGGAGAAUCGGCCUAAUGAUGGUCAGAUGGAUGAUGAUGGCUGGACGGUUGUUUCUUCCAAUCGAAACAAAGGUAGAAGGAAUUAAAUUGAACAUUAUCGGGCAGCUCUCAUCGAAGAGUCAUGAAGUUAAGACGUGACAGUCAUCUGUUCGAAUUAAACCUGAAGAGGUAGAACUAGCUAGACUGGGAGUUGCUAAGCUAUUGUCUAGUUUCUCUGUUGCGUUUGUCUUCCGGUUUUUGUGCUUUCUUUUUGGUUAUAUAGAGAACCAUGAUCUUGCAAAUUUUGGUGGAUAAUUUAAAGUGCUGCAUAUGAUGCUUGCACAAAACGAGUUCUAUCUUUUUUGAUGUUGUAACUGUUGAAACUCAUAGGCAAAUCGAGUAUGCUACCAUUCAUUUGGCGGAGUUCCAUUACUAGAAUUACCCGGUUUCUCUUGA